CACAUCUCAUAUUCCAGCGUGUUCGUAUGGGUGAAUCGACGCCUCCGCUUCGCUUGGAGUCAGAUUCCAUCGGGGCCAGCGAGAUUAAAUUACAUUUCCUGUUUUGCCCUCGUCUCCAUUCGGACUUUUUUCUUCUUCCCCGUUCCCUAUCGAGUCGGUGGCUUCCCUUUCUCUUCAAUAAAGUCGUCUUCUCCGGGAGCGCCACUCGAUCUCGAUCUCUUCUGCAGCUCUUCGCCCCGUCUCUUGCAAUGGAGAAGGUGAGAGGCGAGUUCCUAGCGUCUCUCCUCCUAGCAUUCCUGCUCCUAUUGCCCUCUUGCCGCGCCUUCUACCUCCCCGGCGUCACUCCACGAGAUUUCCACAAGGGUGCCGACUUACAAGUUAAAGUGAACAAACUUUCCUCCACUAAGACACAACUUCCAUAUGAUUAUUAUUUCUUGGAUUACUGUAAGCCUUCAAAUAUAAUUAACAGCGCUGAAAAUUUGGGGGAGGUCCUUCGAGGUGAUCGAAUAGAAAAUUCUGUUUAUACAUUUAAAAUGAGAGUCGAUGAGGGUUGCAAGGUGGUUUGUCGAGUAAACUUUAGUUCGGAAAUUGCUAAGAACUUCAAGGAGAAGAUUGAUGAUGAUUACAGUGUCAACAUGAUUCUGGACAACCUACCCCUUGCAGUUCCUAGGCAGAGGAGAGAUGGAAGUCAAAUUCAUAGUUAUGAAAAUGGUUUUCGUGUUGGAUAUAAAGGGAGGGACAAUAAAUAUUACCUCAGUAACCACCUUAGUUUCAGAGUCAUGUACCAUAAAGACGCAGAAUCUGAUGAUGCUAGAAUUGUUGGGUUCGAAGCGACUCCGAGCAGUGUGAAGCAUGAUUACACUGAUUGGGAUGACAAGAACCCUAAAGUUUCAUCAUGCACCUCAGAUAGUAAAAUAUCCCCUGGUAGCAAUGUGCCUCAAGAAGUAGCUGAGGAUGCACAUGUUGUUUUUUCAUAUGAUGUUACCUUCCAGUCAAGUGAUAUCAAAUGGGCAUCACGUUGGGACACUUACCUUCUCAUGAAUGAUGAUCAAAUUCACUGGUUUUCAAUCAUCAACUCUUUAAUGAUAGUUCUGUUUUUAUCCGGCAUGGUGGCUAUGAUUAUGUUGAGGACUCUCUACAGAGAUAUAGCUAACUACAACCAACUAGAGUCACAGGAUGAGGCCCAGGAAGAAACAGGAUGGAAAUUAGUUCAUGGGGAUGUCUUCAGGCCACCACUCAACUCUGGGCUUCUUUGUGUGUAUGUGGGAACAGGGGUUCAGUUCUUUGGAAUGACCUUGGUGACUAUGAUUUUCGCACUAUUAGGUUUCCUUUCUCCUUCCAAUCGUGGCGGCCUUAUGACUGCAAUGGUUCUACUGUGGGUUUUCAUGGGAAUAUUUGCUGGAUAUGCCUCGGCACGUCUUUAUAAAAUGUUCAAAGGCUCAGAAUGGAAGAGGAUCACCUUGAAAACUGCUUCCAUGUUUCCUGGUAUUGUAUUCGCUAUUUUCUUUGUACUGAAUGCUCUUAUAUGGGGGGAGAAGUCAUCUGGUGCAGUUCCCUUUGGAACCAUGUUUGCCUUGGUGUUUCUAUGGUUUGGUAUAUCUGUUCCUCUAGUUUUUGUCGGUAGCUACAUAGGUUACAAGAGACCAGCUCUUGAGGACCCGGUUAAGACAAACAAGAUUCCCAGGCAGAUACCUGAGCAAGCUUGGUAUUUGCAGCCUGCGUUCUCUAUACUAAUCGGUGGCAUUCUACCAUUUGGUGCAGUUUUCAUUGAGCUCUUCUUCAUCCUGACUUCGAUAUGGCUUAACCAGUUCUACUAUAUCUUUGGCUUCCUCUUUCUGGUCUUCCUCAUUCUUAUCAUAACCUGUGCGGAAAUUACGAUUGUUCUUUGCUACUUCCAACUCUGCAGUGAAGACUAUCACUGGUGGUGGAGAGCUUAUUUGACUGCUGGAUCUUCUGCCGUCUACCUAUUUGCAUAUUCUGCAUUCUAUUUCGUCACAAAAUUGGAGAUAACCAAAUUUGUUUCAGGAAUCCUCUACUUUGGUUACAUGCUGAUUGCAUCUUAUGCUUUUUUCGUAUUGACUGGCACCAUGGGUUUCUAUGCCUGCUUUUGGUUUGUCCGCAAGAUAUAUUCAUCUGUGAAAAUUGACUGAUCAGGGCGUCCAAAACAGUAGUUCAGAUGCAUGUUUGUCAGCAGUUGGGAUUUGGGAAUCAGACUUGUUAAGGCAACAGAAUCAUGCUACGAGUAGCGUCAAGGCAAAUAUAGUGUGUUGCAGAUCUAGGACUUUGCUUGUAUUCCACACAUCUCUUUGCAUUUUUGUUCCGUCAUAAUCCAUCUAAUAUUAAAUUGACUGAACACUCUUGUAGCAAUUUUUAAUACACGUUUUCUAUACUCAUCACAUGCUUCAUUUGUUUUA